AUGCCCGAUAAUAACGCGUGGGAGGAAGAACGGCGAGCACGGCUCCGGGCCUUGUUUGUGGAGACCGCUAAGGGUUUUAUCGGCGUGCCCUACGCUCGCAAGCAUCACGACCAGCACCACUGCACCUGCGAGGGUUGCUCCACCUCCGGCCGCCAGCUCUACCACUCGCCCAUGUUCCUCGACUGCUGCGGCCUGGUACGCCGGGUGGCGCGGGCGCUGCAUCCCGAGCUGGGAUUCCGGCUGGGGCCAGGUAACCAGGCCUAUCAGUACGACACCCUUCCCAUCCGCCUGGCAAACGCCGCGCAGCUUAAGCCAGGCGACCUGGUCUUUUACAGCGGCACGUACUACGACCCCGGAUCACGGCGGCACGCAUUCGACAUGACACAUGUGGAGAUUUUUGUGGGCGGCCACAGCGGCGAAGCUACCAUAGGAUCCCGGGAACGUUAUAAAUGGGUUAUGCAGUACGACAGCUAUCGGUUCAAGUCCCAGCGAUGGAAGCUCCAUUCUUAUCAUUUUUGCAGCAUUGACAGUUGGCUCGACGGUUUGUGUGUUCCCCAACACCCCGAGCUGUGGCGGCCGCGGCGGCGAAGCAAGCAACAACAGGAUCAACAGGGCUCCGCAGAGGCACGAGAAAGGCGCGGGGGAAGUGCCGCUGGAGGACGAUUAUGA